AACUUUGGACUUGGGGCAGAGUGUCUAGGAGACCGGUGUGUGGCCUACAGAAGAAGGGGACGUGGCUGAGCAUCAGGGCUGGGCUUGCAGGACUGGAGUAGGAUCAGGUUCGCUGCAGGCUUCAUGAAUCCUUCAGCUUUCAUUUCAGGCAGCUAUGGAUACAAGGCUUUGCUGAGAGAUGUGGGCAUGGCCGCAGCCCUACAGAUCUUGCCCUGUCUCCUCCGAGCCCCAUCGCGCCCCUUCCUCUGGGGGCCCCCAGUGGCCCGGAUGACCAGUGGCGUGGCCUUGGCAGAGCAGGCGCGGCAGCUGUUUGCGAGUGCGGUGGGCGCUGUGCAGCCGGGCCCCAUGCUGCAAAGGGCACUGUCCUUGGAUCCUAGCGGCAGACAGCUGAAGGUGCGGGACCGGAGCUUUCAGCUGCAUGAAAACCUCUACCUGGUGGGCUUCGGCAAGGCUGUGUUGGGCAUGGCAGCUGCAGCUGAGGAAGUACUGGGCCAGCACCUUGUGCAGGGUGUGAUCAGCGUUCCCAAGGGGAUCCGAGCUGCUAUGGAGCAGGCUGGAAAGCAAGAGAUGCUGCUGAAGCCGCACAGCCACAUCCAGGUGUUUGAGGGUGCAGAGGACAACCUGCCGGAUCGUGAUGCUCUGAGGGCUGCCCUGGCCAUCCAGCAGCUGGCAGAGGGGCUCACAGCCAACGACCUGCUGCUUGUGCUCAUCUCAGGUGGGGGCUCAGCCCUGCUGCCUGCUCCCAUCCCCCCUGUCACUCUGGAGGAGAAACAGACGCUCACCAAGCUGCUGGCAGCCCGCGGAGCCACAAUUCAGGAGCUGAACACCAUCCGGAAGGCCCUGUCCCAGCUGAAGGGUGGAGGCCUAGCUCAGGCUGCCUAUCCCGCUCAGGUGGUGAGCCUCGUCUUGUCAGAUGUGAUUGGGGACCCUUUGGAGGUGAUCGCCAGCGGCCCUACCGUGGCCAGUUCCCACAGCGUGCAAGACUGCCUGCAUAUUCUCAAUCACUACGGCCUUCGGGCAGCUCUGCCGCGGUCCGUGAAGACCGUGCUCUCUAGAGCUGACUCUGACCCCCGCGGCCCACACACUUGUGGUCAUGUCCUCAAUGUGAUCAUCGGCUCCAAUUCUCUGGCUCUGGCUGAGGCUCAGAGGCAGGCCGAGGCCCUGGGCUACCGGGCCCUGGUGCUGAGCACCGCCAUUCAGGGCGAUGUAAGAAAUGUGGCCCGGUUCUAUGGAUUGCUAGCCCGGGUGGCUGCAGCCCGCCUCGCUCCAUCCACGGCUGGGCGUUCCUCGGAGGAGGAGGAGGAGGAGGAGGAGGAGGCGAAACUCCAUCAGCUGGCAGCUGAGCUCCGGCUCCCAGACCUGCAGCUGGGGGAGGCUCUGGAAGCGGUGGCAAAGGCUAACGGCCCCGUCUGCCUCCUGGCUGGUGGUGAGCCCACGGUGCAGCUGCAGGGUUCUGGCAAGGGUGGCCGGAACCAAGAGCUGGCCCUGCAUGUGGGAACAGAGCUGGGAAGACAGCCACUGGGGCCCGUGGAUGUGCUCUUUUUGAGUGGAGGCACCGAUGGGCAGGAUGGGCCUACCAAGGUGGCUGGGGCCUGGGUCAUGUCUGACCUUGUCAGCCAGGCUUCUGCUGAAGGCCUGGACAUAGCCACCUUCCUUUCCCACAACGACUCGUACACCUUCUUUUGCCGCUUCCGGGGUGGAACACACUUGCUGCAGACAGGGUUGACAGGGACCAAUGUCAUGGAUGUUCACCUCCUGAUUUUUCGUCCUCAGUGACGGCCUAGCUCUUAUUUUGAGAGUAUACGGGUAAUUAUAGGCAGGAUCUCGUGGGAAGGGCACGGGCUUUCGCCAGGGCCUCACUGUGCUUUAGGAUCCCUGUCCCCUUAGCCUGGCUCCCUGUUGCUCCACCCACCUCCCACAGAUCGGCUCCAUCUCCAUUCCCCGACUAGAAGACGAGGCCUCCUUUCCACCCCUACUUCCUGUCAUGUCAGCAGGUAGCCCUGAGGAAGCUCCUCGGCCAGUUCCCAGUCUUUAUUUUCUCCCCAGGAGCCCAUCUGCCCAAGUCCUCAGCCUGGUUCUUCCGUGGAGUGAAGUCAGGGAGCCUGAAAAUAAAAAGAAGGCUGUUGUGGGGGUCUCA